GUUUUUAGCCUCAAAUACAAACUAACACACUACUUUUACUCAAGUUAUUUUCAUAAGUAUAUAAUUCAGAGGCACUGGCACAAUACUUGGAUAUUUUAUGUUGAUUUGUUUAAGUUUUCAGGGUUUUACAUAUACAACUUUAGAGAUGAGCUUAUAAAACACAAUGCAUUGUCAAAGAUGAAACCAGUUGUUUCCAACCUUUUCUGCCUGCUGCCCCACAAAGAGCAGAAUAAACUACCAAACUCGAGAUAAAGUAGUUCAAGUAAGCUAGUACAGUGCUGCUUACACCUCAAUUCAUCAAGACUAUCAUGUCAUAUAAAGUAGUUUUACUUGUAUAUAUAUAUUUUAGCUGAUAAGCGUGUGUUCUUUUACUUAAGCAGGGUUUGAAAGUUUGGUUUUUGAUUCAUUUAUAUAGUUGUAUUGGUACUUAAGUAAAGGGUUCUGACUAUUGUAAAUGACUCCCAGUGAAAUGGGACAUACAUUGUAUUGUUUAUGGACUUGUUCAUGUGCUACUGCUGUUGACCCACUAGGGGUCGCUAGAGAUCAUUCUCCUUGGACACGACGUCAUACGUCGCCCUCUGGCGUCACUUCACGGAACAACAGGACCGUCUGCUGCUCUCCUCACGGUGAGUUCGUGUUACAUACAAACAAGUGGACACGAACAGCUUCUUUCAUGUGCCACGGCAGGUCCCUCCGUCACAGUGACACGUGUAAUAUAUUUAUGGUCAAAUCCAGAGCACAAUAAAUACAUCAUAGAUAGAUUUAGUAGUAGUAAAAAAACUGUUCGAAAUUAUUCAAAUUUACAAAAAAGUAACAAAAUAUGACACUUCAAACACUAUUGGAGUAUAUAGGGCCUACAUUAUAAUAUAGGCUAUAGUUGCAUAAUGGUAAAAUAAUUGUUGAGUUUUAUAUCCUGCUCCUCCCUUUAUUUAAUGUUGGCAAACUAACUGGGAAUACUGCCUGGAAGGAGCCAUUACAGCUUUGAUGAGUCAUUUUUCACAAUUCCUCCAACCAAUAAAAAGUACUGCGCUAGAUAGUCACCAUGUAAUAGUUCAUAUGGUGAGAGAAGUUACAAUUAGCUUUAUUAUAUUAGCUUCAAACAAACUAUUAGGCUACAAUAAUAAUUGUUUUUAAAUUAAGAUGAUUUUCUCUCUCUCUCCCCUCCCUCCCUCUCUCUCUCUCUCUCUUUCCCCUCCUUCUAUCUCUCUCUUCCUCACUCUCGGUCCAACGUGACUUCGCCGCCAGUCGUUCGAGUCGUCGGUCUCCGCCGGUGCGCAAGCUGGAAAGUCCAACGGUGUGAACGGUGCUGGAAUGCAACAGGAUUACCAGCUGACCUUAACUCCGACUGUCAGAUCACACGUUUUCCACCGCACUGCGAUGUCUUUGAGGUUGUGAUGUCUUCGCUGAAGCGCGUCAUUCUACAGGAGAAGGACCAGGACGCGGAGAAGAAGCUGGACUGGAGUUACAUCGAGUGGGCUGAGAAUGAAGUCGUCGCCACAGGUGUGGCGAAUGCACAGACGCAAACGGCCUGCAAGCCCUUUGAGCACAAGGAGUGCCAGACCAGCAGCCCGAUCAUCAUGCACAUAGAUGUCACACGGACUCACUCCAAGCCGAGACAUUCGUCCCUGGGGGACACCGACAGCCUGGUGGCGCCUUUCGUCCAGUUUGACCGGCAGGCCCCGGCCCGCAUCUCCACGUCUCCCACCUUGAGGAGGAUGAGGAGCACCAGGCGUCCGUUGAUGGAUACCCGGGACCCUGUCAUGAUGGGGGUCACUCCGGAGGAGGCUUCCUCGGGGGGCACGCCGCCCCCCGUCACCCGCCUGUCCCCGGUACACCGAGUCAUGUCUCCUCUCGCAGCCAGCCCCCCCUCCAAUGGAGAGGUCUGUCCCGAUCCGCAGCCCAUUUCACUCUCCGGCCGCCAGAGAACCCGAUCGCGUAGAUCGGAGAAGGUCGACGGCGGUUCCACGGGACCAGAAUGUCGCAGUGUUCAUCCUACGCUCAUUAAAGAUUUUGGAUUUCCUGAUAGUGGAGAAGAGGAGAAGCAUUAUUGCCUUGAUAGGCUGCAGGAAAGGAGACGGAGCUCCAUGGUGGUCAGCUUGCCCGGCUUGGAUGUUUCACCAGGAGACCUUUUCGUAUCCAACGGAGCAGCUGACAUAUUGAACGGUUCAAACUUCUCUGAUACUAAGAAGUCCAAGUGGCCCUUUUCAAUGCGUAGUACGACUAAAGGGAAGUCACAGACAGGCACAGCGUCAGAUAUUGAAAAAUAUCUCUCGUCAUCAAAGAUUCAAGACUGGAGAAACCCUGAUCUUCAGAGGUAUAAGGACUACUCUCUGGCGGAGUUCCUGCAGGACCAGUCCUCCCAGCUCAGCGCCGCCUCUGACCCUCAUGGCUUCAAGAAGCAAGAGGCCAUCUGGGAGCUGUUUACCAGCGAGUGUGUUUAUUUCCUGGAUCAGCUCAUGGUUCUCAAAGAGGUGUUUUUGUCUACACUCACAGACCUGCAGAUGAGGAGCUGCCUGGCCGAUGUCGACUCCUGGAGGCUGUUUGCGAACCUCAAUGAGCUUUGCCUGGUGAGCUCUGGUUUCCUGAACAACCUCCUCUGCGUCAUCAAGGACACAAUGGAGUUUACGGAGGGUGGCGGGCCCGCCCUGCUGGAGCUGCUGAGCAAAGCUUUUCAGGAGAGCUUAUGUCAGUGCCUGCAGACGUACUGCCUCAACUACUCCACAGCUCUGCUUUAUCUGGACAGCCUGAAGCCCAGAGAGGACUUUGGAUCUUACGCAAAGUGGUGUGAGAGGAACUCACAGUGCCGACGGCUGCAGCUGCGUGACCUGUUGGUGGCGCCGCUGCAGAGGCUCACUCGAUACCCUCUGUUGUUGAGGAAUAUUGCGAAGAGAUGCCAGAGGAAGGACGAGGCCGGAGGCCUGCAGGUUAUAACGGAGCAAGUGGACACGUCUAUAUGUGAUUUAGAGGGGAAGGUGAAAUGGCUGGAUAACUACCAGAAGGUGAAGCAGUUGAGGGACGCCGUGGUGUGGCUGCCUGUUUGGGAGAGAGACAAGCGGGCCUUCGUCCCUGAGAAUCUGAAACAUCUCUUAAAGGCUGUCACUCUGGAGAAUCUCAUUUCUCACAGAAGUCUGUUGCAUGAAGGGAAAGUGGUGCUCACAGAGAACGCCAAGCUGAUCGACGUGUACCUGUUCCUGUUUGAUGAAUUCCUGCUGAUCACAAAGAUAAAGAGAAACAAGAAGCGGCCUAUAGGUCCAGAACAAAAUACUCUCAGGAUGCCACAGAACCAGGAGCUGGAUCAGCUCCUGAAGGAGGGAUGCACCUUCACGGUUCUGGACCAACCCGUCUCUCUGGACCGACUCCAGCUCAAGAACAUCGAUCAGCUCAAUGCUUCGGCAUCGGGGCUGCCUCAUUCUUUUAUAAUCAUGCACCAGAACCGCUACCAGCAGUGUAUCGGUGCAUUCAUCCUGCAAGCUGCGUCAGAGUUGGCCAAGAGAGUGUGGGUGUCAAAGAUAGAGGGCGCUGUGGCGGCGCUGCUGAAGCUGGUCUCUCAGCAGCCUGGAGUCAAGAGCUCCUCCCUGUGGCUGGAGUCUUCACAGAUAUGAGGAGAAACGGCACUGUGUAUACUUCACUGUCUCCUCACGCCUUGUAAAUACCUGUACUAGCAGCACUAGGAUCAUUUUGUAAGUUAAUGUUUGCCUAUAAAAGGCAGCUGCUGCUGCAGUAGUGUUCAAUAAAUCUAAUUUAGUAAAAGUUGUU